AUGGGGAGUCGCGAGCCAGACCAACCCAUGCGUUUUCCCCAGUAUGCUCAGCUCUCAAAGAGAGAAGCUACUUUUGAGCAGGGAUGGCCAGAACCUCUCUUAGGGAAAAUACCAGACCUAGCUCGAGCUGGGUUUUUCUACAGGGGAGUGAAAGAUAACGCUACCUGUUUUCAUUGUGGAAUGACUUUAACCAAUUGGGAUCUUGAGGAGGAUCCUUAUGCAGAACAUGCUUAUUGGAAUCCCAAUUGUCCUUACAUCAAUCAGUAUAAGGGUCGAAGCUGGGUGAUGAGUAUAUUUGUCGGGGACUUAGAGAAGCAGGGAUAUAAACCUUUCAUUAAGAUCAAACCUCUACUGAACCCACAACCAGACGUCCAGGCUCGAGGAAAAUGUCACAUUUGUUUAGACGAGGAAUUACAAAUCGCUUUUCUACCUUGUGGACACCUAUGCUGCUGUGCUUUGUGUGCUCCUUCUUUUCAUUUUUGCCCCAUCUGUCGUGGCGAGAUUCAACAGUCCAAACGGAUAUUUCUGUGUUAA